AAUUAUAUAACGGUCGUAAAAUGGCUACGUAAAACUUGGAGAAAUUUUUGGUAAAACAUCUUUCGAACACAUCUAUUAUGUUAUUAUGCCAACAAAAUAAUAACAUUAUAUAGAUUUCUACCUAUCUACUCUUUCAUAGCUUGUGAAAAUAAUGUUGGAAAUUACUGCAAUUAGAAAGAAAAUUGUCCAUUUGUUCAGUGGUGCGACAAGAAAAUAAAUUUGAAUUCACACAUGUGUUAUACAAAUUUCAGUUGUUGAGUACAAAGCACAGCGGGAAAAUAAAAAGAAAUGGGCAUCGAAAGCUUUCUGGCACAAGGUUUGACUUCAGCAUCCGCGAGUGGACUUUCAUUACUCUUUCCGGUUCUCGCUGCGACACUUGCCUAUUUUCAUUACGAAGCGCUGGAUAAUGAAGCGCCGCCGAUCAACGUACCGUCAGAGAUGCUGUUGCCCUCGUAUCACUUUAUCGUGAUAGGUAGUGGUAGCGCAGGAGCCGUAGUUGCCAGUCGUCUAUCCGAGAUCGAGGAUUGGAACGUAUUAUUGCUGGAAGCAGGCGGUGACGAAACCGAGAUCUCGGACGUACCUUUAUUCGCUGGGUAUCUUCAACUGAGCCAACUAGACUGGCGAUACAAAACUGAGCCGCAGGGUGAUGCCUGCCUAGCGAUGGAGAACAGCCGUUGCAAUUGGCCUCGGGGCAAGGUGCUGGGCGGCAGCAGCGUGCUCAACUAUAUGCUUUAUCUAAGAGGUAAUAGUCGCGAUUACGAUAUCUGGGAGCAGCAAGGGAACCCUGGCUGGGGCUCGCGCGACGUCUUGCAUUACUUUAAGAAAUCAGAGGACAAUCGGAACCCUUACUUGGUUCGCACGCCGUAUCAUUCCAGCGGGGGAUAUUUAACGGUGCAAGAGGCACCGUGGCAUACACCACUAGCGGCGGCCUUCGUCCAGGCUGGUCAGGAGAUGGGCUACGAAAAUCGCGACAUCAACGGCCAAUUUCAAACGGGCUUCAUGAUCGCCCAAGGUACUAUCAGACGAGGCAGUCGUUGCUCAAGUGCAAAGGCUUUCCUGAGGCCCGCCAGACUCAGGAAGAAUCUGCACGUGGCGAUGCACGCGCACGCCACCAAGGUGCUGAUACAUCCGAAAACGAAGCAUACUUACGGGGUAGAGUUCGUCAGAGACGACAAGGUCUUUCGUGUACGUGCAAAGCGGGAGGUAAUAGUGUCCGGAGGCACGAUAAAUUCCGCUGCCUUAUUGAUGUUGUCGGGGAUCGGACCGAAGGAACAUUUGCGAGAGCUCGGGAUUCCCACGAUUCAAGACAGUAGGGUCGGUUACAAUUUGCAAGAUCACAUUGGACUUGGGGGUUUGACAUUCAUGGUUAACAAAGAGAUUUCGAUGAUGGAGAAACGGGUGCAAAAUGCCCAGGCGGUGAUGCAGUACGCUGCGCUGGGUGACGGGCCGCUAACGGUGCUCGGAGGCGUCGAGGGAAUCGCCUUCGUCAACACCAAAUACGCGAACGCUUCGCUCGACUUCCCCGACGUCGAGCUACACUUUGUUUCCGGCUCGACCAAUUCGGACGGAGGGACGCAGAUAAGAAAGGUGCACGGGCUAACGAAGCAGUUCUACGACGCCGUUUUCAAGCCGAUCAACGACAAGGACACGUGGAGCGUGAUUCCCAUGUUGCUGCGACCAAAGAGUCGCGGCGUGAUCAAGCUGCGCAGCAAAAACCCGUUCGAAUACCCUCUUAUCUAUCCGAAUUACUUCAAGGAACCCGAGGACAUCGCCACGUUGGUCGAGGGAGUCAAGAUCGGCGUGGCUCUGAGCAGAACUGAAGCCUUCAGGCAAUUCGGGAGCGAGCUCAACUCGCGGCAGUUUCCAGGAUGCGAACACAUACAGCUGUACACCGAUUCUCAUUGGGAAUGCAUGAUCAGGUACUACAGUGCCACGAUCUAUCAUCCAGUAGGAACAUGUAAGAUGGGCCCCUACUGGGAUCCCGAGGCCGUCGUCGAUCCGCAGCUCAGAGUCUACGGUGUGACUGGGCUUCGUGUGAUCGAUGCCUCAAUUAUGCCUAACCUGGUGAGCGGAAACACCAAUGCUCCUACGAUCAUGAUCGGCGAGAAGGGAUCCGAUCUCAUCAAAGAAUAUUGGUUGAAGUGGAAGAGCAGAUCCGAGCAGCAGCAGCAGCCUACACGCAAAGAAAUGACUUACGUACCAUUACUUCGCGUGUGGUACAAUACAACGGCAUGGUAUCGUUCUUUUCGUCCUGUAAUGCUGUUCGACAAUGAAGAAAUCAAUCUCAAGAUAUUGGCUACUCAUCAAGUCUCGUCCCACACCUAUUGUACCAUUAUGCCCCACGGCCUAAUGUGCCGUUAUGCCCCCAAUCACCGUGCUUCUGAUUGCAGUAUCGCAGUACUACAUACGUUGGCCAUGUCCUUAGCUACGAUGAUCUCCUAUGUGACGUUGGGGUAUCUCAUUACUAAUAUGCGUCCAGAUAUCGUAGACAAGAAGAAUCGUAUACAAACGACAUCAACGGAAAAACUGUUGGUUGAGUACGAUUACGUGAUAAUUGGCGGUGGAUCAGCAGGAGCUGUAUUGGCCAGUCGAUUGUCGGAGGACGAAAGUUGCACCGUGCUUCUGCUCGAAGCCGGCGUUGACGAAGUGCCUUCGUCCGACGUACCUUGGUACUUUUCGUCUCUGCAACGUACGUAUCUGGAUUGGGAUUUCAAAACGGAGCCGUCGUCCAAUUAUUGCUUGGCAAUGCAUAAUCAUCAAUGCAGCUGGCCACGUGGCAAGGUGUUAGGUGGUAGCAGCGUGUUAAACGCGAUGCUUUACAUUCGCGGUAACAAAAGAGACUACGAUUCUUGGGCGGCUCUCGGUAACGCGGGCUGGGAUUACGAGAGCGUUCUGCCGUAUUUCAAAAAGUCAGAAGAUGUCAGAGUCGAGGAACUCUCCAGCUCGUCUUACCAUGAGAAAAAUGGAUACUUGACGGUGGAAUAUUUCAAGUACAAUCCACCGAUGGCCGAAUAUAUCGUUAAAUCCGGCGAGGAGUUGGGAUACAAAGUGCGCGAUGUUAAUGGCGCAAAUCAAACGGGUUUUACAUAUUCCUUCGGUACUUUGAGGGAUGGAUUGAGAUGCAGUACUGCUAAAGCUUACCUACGACCUGCCUCAAAGAGGAAGAAUCUGGACGUCAGCUUGGAGUCAUUCGUGGAGAGGAUAUUGGUGAAAGAAGAUGACACAUCGAAGAUGGCACAUGGGGUGGUGUUUCGCAAGGGUAAGAGACGUUUCACAGUUGGUGCGAAACGCGAAGUGAUUCUCUCCGCGGGUACGAUACAGUCGCCGCAACUUUUGAUGCUGUCGGGAAUCGGGCCGAGGCACCAUCUCGAGAAGAUGAAGAUAUCUGUGGUGCAUCAUGCACCCGGUGUAGGACAAAAUCUUCAAGAUCACGUGGGAAUGGGCGGGAUGAUCUAUAUCGUUGAGCCUUCGCACAGCACGUCCGAGCGAAACAAAUUUACAAUAAGACAAUCUCGAGUUAGAAAUUUGAGUAAUAUCCGAGAAAUGAUAUUGAACAGUUCUGGCCCGCUCUAUACGUCUGUGUACAGUGCCGGAAUGGCGUUUGUCAACACUAAAUACGCAGACGGGGUCGAUUAUCCGGAUGUACAGCUGAUUUUCUCAGCUUUCUCAGAUUACGGAAGUAUCACAGCAAAUAUAUAUGGGAUUGAGUCGAGCACCGCCACUGGCUUGUAUGGAAAUAUUACAGACGACGUUGAAGCUUUCGGAAUUAUGCCGAUUCUUUUAAGGCCACGCAGCAAAGGCUUCGUCGCGCUCAAAUCGGCCGAUCCGGAUGAUGCUCCCAUCAUUGUUCCAAAUUAUUUCAAGGAUCCUCGUGAUCUCCAAGUUUUAGUGGAAGGCGUGAAAUUUAUAGAUAAGAUGAGUCAGACUAGUCUUAUGCGCAAGUUGAAUGCACGGCUAAACCCGAAUCCAAUACCAGGAUGCUCGCAGUAUGUCGGCUCGUUGGACAAGUAUUGGACUUGCUACGUACGUCAUUUCACAGCGACGAUAUAUCAUCCCACUGGCACUUGCAAGAUGGGCCCAGCCAACGACCGCUACGCCGUUGUUGACUCCAGACUAAGAGUUCACGGAAUCGCGGGGUUGCGAGUGAUCGACGCGUCGAUCAUGCCGAGCAUAGUCUCGGGAAAUACUAAUGCACCGACGAUUAUGAUAGCGGAAAGGGGCGCCGAUAUGAUAAAGGAAGAUUGGUCAGGUUUCGGCAAACGCUAGAGAUCGCAUUUGACGAACAGAUCGAUAUAAGGUGGACGCUAACUUUCGCCUUAUUAUACAUAUAGUAUAGUAUUGUAUAUGGUAUAUUUGCAAUCUUCUCGAGCGAAGUAAAAACAAAACCAAAAAACUGCUUCAACUUUAAUUGCGUUUCUCAAUUGUGCCGACGGUAACGACGCUUAUUAUACGACGAUGAUUGGCACUUGUCUAGAAACAUUUAGAAAGUGUUUGCGCAACGUUUUAUACGAAGUGCUUUCGUUGCACGUGCGAUAGUAUUGCAGAGCGCUAAUUGUUAGGUCACUAAUUUGUUAAGCGAGAAAAAGAGUGUAAGAAGAUUUUUCUUUGUAUUCUCUCUUUUUUCACACGAGCUUUUAGUUAUUCAGCAGGCUGUUUGCGCACGUGAAUGUGCGUGCGUGCGCGUACGUAAUUCUAAACUAUAUUUAUAUCGAGGUUUAGGUGAUAAACGACGAAUUGCAUGUACGUAAUGAGAUACAAAGGUGUUUACUGGCAUGUGAUAAGUUAUCAAUUUGAAAAAUGUGAUUCUCGUGCAGUCCAAAAUUGUUGAAAGUACACUUAAUCAAUUUGCAUCGUAACGAUGUAACAUACGAGUAUACGAUACGCGUCACAUAUGCAUACAUCGAUUCACGGCUCCGAGCAAUAAUUUUUAUGACAUUACGAUAAGGCCAGAAUUCUUUAAAUUCGUCUGUCGUCGAAAAUUAGCACUCGUGGUGCAGGAUAUGAUCUAUUGUGAAUCCUGUUGCAAUGUAUUGUAUCGUAUCUAUUGCGUACGAGUAUAUUGAUAGCGCACAUAACUACUUGAAAAUCCUGCACCACAUGCCCCGGUAGGCGAUCGAAAAAUAUGUAUAUAUCGAUUUUCUGUAUAUUUACAUUUUCAUUUAUCCUUGAAAUUCCACGAAAGAUUGCAAUUAAAAUCGUGACUGCCUUAUCAGUUUACAUUAUCUCAAGUCUUGCCGAUUUGAAAAAUCGCUGACCUAAUAGUAAUGUAAUGACGUAUAAUAUUACGUGUACAUGUAGAUAUGUACAUAUAAAACGUAUAAAUCAAAAAUAAUGUAUUGCAAUGAUAAAUGCAUCAUGAUGAAUUGCGUUGAAACGCGCACAUUUAUUAAAAACACUUGGCGUUGCUAAACCAAAUAUUUAGUAAUUACGCUUUUCUUCCUUCCUUCCAAGUAUUAAACUAUCUCUCUCUUUCUUUUGUGCAUGCGCGCACGUGUGGGUUAUGAAAUAGGAAUUAGAAUUAAUUGUAAAUUUAGAUUGUAUAUUUCAGCGGUUUAGCAGCGCCAAGCUUUUUUAAUAAAGAAUAAUGUCGUGAAUCAAGAUCGAUAUGUAUUCAACAAUUAAAUUAGAAAAGGCCAUCUUUUAAUAAAAUGUUUAUUUGUAUUUA